GGCGCGCGGAAUUCGGCCCAGGGAGUUUGCGAAGGUGUUGGACGCGCGCCUGUCCUCGGAGGCCCCGCCCCACUCCAAGCCGGGUUCUUGCUGGGACCCUUUGCUUUUGCCAGCACUGUCAAAUUGCUGCCGGAACGUGGAGCGGGGGUAGGGUGGGGUAGGGGUCCCGUAGAGGGACCCGGGGUCACUGCCUCCGCCUAGGUUUGCUUUGCCUGGGGGUGGGGCGCGGCACGCUGAAAUUGUCCGGCAGUGCUCGAUCCGAAAUUGGGCUGCCGGGGCUGGGGGGACCCGCGUUUGCAUUGCUUCGGAAGCAGUAGGACCCGAGGUCUGCUUUGCACUCCAUAGGGGAGGGAGGUAAGGGACCUGGCUUCGCUUUAUUCCAGAAAGAGAGAACCUCAGAUAGCCCGCAACUUCGGGGUCGCAGUCACGUCACCUUGAAAAAUUCUUAAUUCCCCUGACACGAGUGAGGUAUUUGGCUAGGAAAGUUGGCGGGGGUGGGGGUGGGGGGCGCUGGAAGAAUUGGAAGAAACCCCUUGAAGGGAAGGGCCACCUGGUCCCCAAUUGCACUGAAUGAUUAAUUAAUAUUGAACCGUGGUGGAAACUGGCUCCAUUACCCCCUCAGUUCACUACCCUUUUACGUUGCAUUGCACAAGCUAAGUGUACUCCAGGUAUUAGUUGAACAGAUUGUGAGCCUAUCCUUAAUUUAGCAUGAUGCACAUUCCCUAGUUUUGCAUUGCACAGGGGAUGACAAUUUAAUCUUUUUUUCAAGGCCAAGUUGUUGUCCCCCUCAGUUUACAUUAUUCAUCUUAUGGUUUCAUUGCACAGGCUGAAUACCUUCCAAAUUUGGAUUACACCGAAAAUGUACCUCUAGAUUUAAAUUGCACAAGAAUUGUACCCCAAGUUUACAGCAAAACAUCUCUAGGAUUUUUAAUUGCUCAAGUGUAGAAAGGGCUAUGAAUUCCCUGCCUUUAGUAGGGGGUCCAUAGGGAAACCCCUCCCUCCAUGUUGCCCUGCUUCCAGCUGCUUCGCAUGGGGGUUGGGAGGGGUGGAGAUCUCUAUACUUUUCACCCCCCAACUGGGGCUGGCUGUACCUACCACUUGGGCCUCAGGGCUGAUCUGUGUGAUGUGGCCCUUCGGCCUCAGUGUGAGCCUAUCCUCAUCUCCCCGGUCCAUGCCAAGCUGCAUGCUGAAGGCCAAGGUGACGACUGGAGAGUCAGCCUGGAAGACUGCAGUAGCUAUGGUACCUUGGUCAACAAUAUCAGGCUCCCCAGGGGUCACCAACUGGAACUGAGUGACGGUGACCUCCUAACCUUUGGCCCUAAGGGGCCUGUGGGAGCCAGCCCUCCCGAAUUCUACUUCAUGUUCCAGCGUGUCCGAGUACGCCCCCAGGACUUUGCUGCUAUCACUAUCCCUAGAGCUGGGGGGGAAUCAGGAGGCGGAGGUGGCUUUUGGCCCAUGCUGCCCCCUCUUGGGGCCCCUCAGCGUCCCCUCAGCACCCUCUCCCCUGCUCCCAAGGCUACCCUGAUUCUCAGCUCUAUUGGCAGCCUCAGCAAACUCCAGCCUCAGCCCCUCACUUUCUCCAGGGUUAGGGGUGGAGGUCAAGGCCUGACCCUUCCUGUGGCCCUUAGGGAGGCAGGGGCUGCUCUUCCUACCCCACCUCCAGCCCCUCGGAACCGCCGGAAGUCAGCACACAAGGUGCUGGCUGAGCUGGAAGAUGAGGGGGGAGCUGAAGAGAGCCCUCCCAGAAUUCAGGCUGAGAGCAGGAAGAAACCUCGAGGAAUGAAGACUCCAGUCACUCCCAAUGGAAAGCGCCGAGGCCGUCCCCGGAAGUACCUGCUGCCUCAGACUGUAGCUCCCCCUCCGGCUGGGGGAGGGGAGCCCUGUGCAGCCCCCAGCUGCACCCCACCCCAGGAAGAGACAGUGGCCUGGGUCCAGUGCGAUGGUUGUGAUGCAUGGUUCCAUGUGGCCUGUGCAGGUUGCAGCUACCGGGCUGCCCGAGAGGCUGACUACCGCUGCUCUAGUUGCCAGCCCUAAGGAGGACAGGCUUCCUGUUGUCAUGGACCUUAGCAAGGCCCCCAGAGUAACACCAGGAAAAGGGCCUUUUGACUGUGGCUGAUGUCUCCAGGAGUGUCCUGUUGCUAGAGAAUAUGAAACUGAUUCCAGGGUCCUGUUACCCCAAAUGCCAUAUGCUUGAGACCAGAGAGUUACCCAACUCUGGAAGUCAAGGCUGUGUCAAAUGAAUGACUUCAGGAACCCUAAAAUUAGAUGAGAACGAUUAUGGAGUGCCAUUUUGUAGUACUUCCCUGGGGAAAUCUGGAAAAUUUCAGGUCUGGCUGUGAGAGGGCAGGGAAAAAAAAAAGGGGUGGGGGGUUCUAGAAUGACCCUACUCCCUCAAACAUGUCGACUUACAGCAUAACAGCCUUCCCCAAAGCUCCACUUGCCAUUAUAUCCAGUUCUCCAGCCUUUGGUCUUUUCUCAUCUCAUCUUUCCCAUUCUUGCUUUCUAAAUAAAGAACCAGCUGCUGAUUUGU